AAAGAGAAAUAUUUCUAUCAAAGUUUCUCCAGUGUCCCCUAGGAGACCCCCCAACAACCAGUGAUGACAUAAUACUGGCUGAUGGCGCCCUCCCGGCCAAUCACGCUGCGGCAGAAGGCACCACCCAGCGAGAAACUUUCUACGGGAUUUCAACAGGACACAAAGCCCUGGGGGCGUGAUGUGGGGGGGCCCCCACCUCUGAGCCCGGGCUGCACCGUCUGUCCACGGCUCCUCUUGCACUGCCGUGCUGGUCUCGUACACGUCAAGGUCACAUCCAGUCGCUUUCUUCUCAAAAUGAAGAUUCUGACAGGGGAAGACCAGCUGGGCAGAACUAAACAAGCCACAGACUUCUUUCUCCAGCCAAGUGGAGGGGUCUGCACUUCCAAGCGGGAGCCACCCCCCCCCCAACCCGCCCACCUGUGUCCAGAGACACCCCUCCAGGCCUGUCCUGCUGUGAUUCCCACAACUGGCAUCAUCAGCCUCCCGCCGGAGGCCCGAAUUAGGUUGCACGUUUGCGAAAGUUCAUGUUUUGAUUCCCAGGCAGAGCUCUUUGAAGGACUGGGGCAGAGAAGUGAUCCCACCUGUGUCAUAUCAUCUCCCAAACUGGUCCCUCAGAGUCCAGACUCCUCCCCUCAGGUGAGUCCUCAAUCCUACUCUCAGAACCAGAGUGAUCUUCACAAAUGCAAAAUAGAGCAUAAUACUCCUUUGCUGAAACCUUGUAGGUGAACUCCACCUCUAGAGUCCAAAUCCCAUAGUCUGGCCUCAGCUUUCCCACUCCCAGCUUCAUCUACCCUCAACCCCAUGGACCCUAAACUCUACUAAACCACUUGCUGUCCCUCCCCUCCAGGCUAUUGUCUGAGCUAUUCUCUAGUUCUAGGAGAAAUGUUCUCUACCCUUCUCCCCUCCUAAUCAUUCUACAAAUAAGACAUAGACUCCUCUGUGAAGCUUUUCCUCAUCUCUCAUUCACACACACACACACCCCCCACCAUCCCAUGCAAACUUACUACAGCCCAGUUACACUCCUCUAUGACAGCUAGGGUGACCAACCUUCCCAGCUCACUCAGGACUGAGGGGUUUUGAAGAAUGCAGGACUUUUAGUGCUAAAACCAGAGAGUCCUACGCAAAUGGGGCGUUUGGUCACCCUAAUAGCAUCGAUCACAUUGUUUAGGAAUUAGCUGUCUUUCUGAUAAGAUUGUAGAGCACAAAUUUUGUCUUGCUUAUCUUCA